AUGGAGGUAGAUAUUGUGCGGAAAAAGCCCCCCUCCCCUUAUCGAGAAGGAUAUUUGUGAUGCUGAUUUGUGCACACAAAUCAGCUCUGUCUUGCAUUAGGGGCAAGUGGGAGCUUGGCGCAUUCCACAGCCAAUCAAUCUGUGAUGCGCUUUUGCAUACUGCAAAGGUGUCUGGUGCCAUGCCUCACUGCUAGCCUGUCAAUCAGGCUUAGGAAGUGCCUCCAAGUGCCUUGUGCAAUACAGCGCUGAUUUGUGUACAGAUUUCCAGCAACAGAAAUUUGCUUUCUGCUAUGGGGUGGGGGCUUUUUCCACUUUGAUAGUAGAAGACCACCAGGACGACCGCGGCGAGGACCACGAGGGUGAUAAUCUUUAUGCGGAAGACGACGACGAAGAAUUAUUGCACAGCGGAUCGUCAUCUUCAGCGCGAGGACCUGGUGGGCAGCAACUACUUCUUCGCAACCGAAGACACAGCUCUGACACCGAAGACGAACAGCACGUCGAGCAAAGCUCGUCCCAGCGAGAUCGUCGUAACAAGCCACGAGAUGAUGGCCACCACGACCCACGCAACGAUGAAUUCGACGUAUGAAGGGAAAAAAAUUGCUAGCAAUUUUUAAACCCUGAGGCUGCUACACAAUCUCUCACCAGAGCGAAACGACUAAUCAAGGACUUGCUCCUUCGCCCUCAGCAGGUCGCUCCGGGUGCUUUGCAGUUGAUUUGGCCACAAAUCGCAGAGUGGCGAAAAAUCAUACGAAUUACGUAAUCGGGGUUGUACUUUUUGAGGACGGAGAAAAAUCGGCGAGCGACCACGACGAGGACGUAAUACGGAGAGCACAUUUCGUUUGCUUACAG